AGUGGGACCCACCUAGGGUUUUAAGAGGAGGAGGUCCUCGGCGGCGGCGGCGGCAAACCAUGGAGAAGGCGAAACUCUCGUCGGCGCUCUUCGCCGGCACCCACUUCAACCGCAAGCGCUUCGCCAACGACUUCGCCCGCUUCCGGCAGGGCCCAUCUGCCCCGGACGUGGACUCCGCCGCCGCCUCCUCCGCGCCGUCGCCGGAGAAGAAGCGGAAGCGCAAGAGCAAGGCCAAGGCGAAGAAGAACAAGAAGAAGCGGGCGGAGGAGGCCGCCUCUGCUUCCGAUGUUGUGGAAGGAUUCAGUGUGUUCAAGGGAUUGGCGGCUAAGAAGGAGGAGGAGGAAGAAUCUGAGAAGAAGGCGGAGAGAGGUAAGAGCGAGGAUUCGGAGGUUGAAAGGCGGCGGAAGGAAGUCGAGAGAGAAAUCGAGAGAGCAGCCAUACUCCGGAAGAGGUUUGACAUCCACAUUUCGGGACAAAAUGUUUCAGCACCACUGGAGAACUUUGAGGAACUGGUUUCAAGGUAUGAUUGCGAUUCAUAUUUGGUCGGUAACUUGUCAAAACUUGGAUUUCAAGAACCCACACCUAUCCAAAGGCAGGCCAUUCCCAUUCUUCUAUCGGGGAGAGAGUGUUUUGCCUGUGCCCCUACAGGUUCUGGCAAGACUUUGGCUUUCUUGUUCCCUAUCCUGAUGAAAAUCAAGCCAGGAUCUAAAGAGGGUGUUAAAGCUGUGAUCCUUUGCCCAACAAGAGAAUUGGCAUUACAAACUGCAAGAGAGUGCAAGAAGUUAGCAAUGGGAAGGAAAUUCUAUAUUAAAGUAAUGACGAAAGAUAUGUCAAAAUCUGGGAAUUUCAAGGAUAUGCAUUGUGACAUCCUGGUCUCCACCCCGCUUCGUCUGGACCACGCUGUACAAAAGAGAGAUCUUGAUUUAAGUAGAGUGGAAUACCUUGUCUUGGAUGAAUCUGAUAAACUUUUUGAGCUUGGAUUCGUUGAAGUGAUUGAUUCAGUUGUCAAAGCCUGCUCAAAUCCUUCAAUAAUUCGAUCUCUGUUCAGUGCCACUUUGCCUGAUUCAAUAGAAGCGCUUGCACGCACAAUAAUGCACGAUGCAGUUCGAGUCAUUGUGGGAAGAAAGAAUUCAGCCUCUUCACUGAUUAAGCAAAAGUUAAUUUUUGCUGGAACUGAGAAGGGGAAGUUGCUAGCUCUUCGCCAGAGCUUUGCAGAAUCUCUCAAUCCUCCAGUAUUGAUCUUUGUUCAAAGCAAAGAGAGGGCAAAAGAGCUUUACAAAGAACUGGCGUUUGAUGAUGUACGAGCUGAUGUAAUUCACGCUGACCUUGAUGACCAACAGCGCCAAGAUGCUGUUGACAACUUAAGAGCCGGAAAAACUUGGGUACUGAUAGCAACAGAAGUCAUUGCCCGGGGAAUGGAUUUCAAAGGUGUUAACUGUGUGAUCAACUAUGAUUUUCCAGAGUCAGCUUCUGCCUAUAUUCACAGAAUAGGACGAUCUGGAAGAGCAGGUAGAUCUGGGGAGGCCAUCACAUUCUUCACCGAGGAGGAUAAGCCAUUUUUGCGGAACAUCGCAAACGUGCUAAUAUCUUCAGGGUGUGAGAUUCCUUCUUGGAUAAAGGCGCUGCCAAAGCUCAAGCGCAGGAAGCACAGGGUGAACCGGGAUCCCAUCUCCACCUUACCAGAUGAAGAUUGAGUUUCCCUGUGACAUUUUUAGAUAGCACGUUGGCUUCAGUUUUCCUGUUUGAAUGCCAGAAACUGCUCUCUAUUAGUUUGUUGACUAAAGCCUGAGAUGAGAGUACACUUGCCUUUUGUUAUUUACAGUUUUGACUGAUCAAUUAAAUAUAUUAUUUCUGAAUUUACA